CACAUCUAUAGUACUAUAGUUUAUGCUCACAACUACAUAUAACGAGAUUAAAACAUCAGACUUCGUCCAAAAUGGUGCUCGAAAGUACUAUGAUAUGCGUUGAUAAUAGCGAUUAUAUGAGAAACGGAGACUUCUUGCCUACUCGAUUGCAAGCACAGCAAGAUGCUGUUAAUUUAGUAUGUCAUUCCAAAACUCGUUCGAAUCCUGAAAAUAACGUUGGACUUAUCACUCUUGCAAAUGUCGAAGUAUUGGCUACAUUGACUAGUGACGUCGGCCGUAUUUUAUCAAAAUUACAUCAAGUUCAACCAAAUGGAAAUUUAUCCCUUAUUACAGGAAUCCGAAUAGCACAUCUAGCCUUAAAGCACCGUCAAGGGAAAAAUCAUAAAAUGAGAAUUGUUGCAUUUGUCGGUAGCCCCAUUCAAAUUGAUGAAAAAGAAGCUGUUAAACUUGCAAAACGUUUGAAAAAAGAGAAGGUUAAUGUAGAUAUAAUAAGCUUUGGAGAAGAAAGUGUAAAUAACGAGGUGUUAACAGCAUUUGUAAAUGCCCUAAAUGGAAAAGACGGAACGAGCAGUCAUCUCGUAACAGUUCCUCCAGGACCACAUUUAUCAGAUGCAUUAAUUUCUUCACCCAUUAUCCAAGGUGAAGAUGGAAUGGGUGGAGCCGGUAUGAGUGGUGCGGCAUUUGAAUUUGGUGUCGAUCCUAAUGAAGAUCCUGAAUUAGCUUUGGCAUUACGUGUUUCUAUGGAAGAGCAAAGACAACGUCAAGAGGACGAAGCAAGAAGAACUCAAGGUCCUGAAGUACUAAUACCAACUAAAGAACCUGAAUCGAUAAAAGAAGUUCCUAACGAAGAGGCAAUGUUAAAACGUGCUCUUGCCAUGUCUCUUGAAACGAACGAAGAAUCUUCGACAUCAAAUGAAAAUACAGCACCUGCUACUAGAAACGUUCCUGACUUUGCUCAUAUGACAGAGGAGGAACAAAUAGCUUUUGCAAUGCAAAUGUCUAUGCAAGACCAACAAGAACUCGAAGGAACUCAAAAGGAAGAGCCAAUGGAAGUGGAAGAAGACUAUGCAACCGUAAUGUCUGAUACGGAAUUUUUACAAUCUGUGCUUGAAAAUCUCCCUGGAGUAGAUCCUCAAUCUGAAGCCGUUCGUCAGGCAGUUGGCUCAUUACAGCAAAAUAAGGAGAAAGAAAAAGAAAAGGACAAAGAUUUAAAAAAAUAAUAUCAUUAAGAUACAC